UAGCAGUUGUGUUUUUUUUCUGCAAGUACAAUGUUUGUUUCUGUCUCGAAAACAACAGCGAUGAAUCUUAAGUAGGAGAAUCAUCAAUGAGAAAGCCCUAUUACCUUUGAAACUGGAAGCCGCCAUUAAUUUGAAAAAAUAUUUAUAAGUAGACACGAUCCUUCAUUACGUAAACGAACAAGUCUCAGCCAAUUUACGUACCGACACGUUCCCUUUUUGGGUGUUUCGGAAUACCGUUUCACUUCGUGUGAGCGCUUUGAUUUUUAUUGAUAUUUUUUUUUACGUUUGACCCACGCUAUCAGUCUUCACUAUUCCGACCAUGUCGAGAUGGAAUAGAACCAAAAGCGUCUCUGUUACCCUUCUGGUGACCCUCCAGCUGGCCCUUAGCAACUUUUCGGCGCCGCACUUGGAAGCGACUGCUUUUGCGGCACGCGCGUCUUUCAUUUCAAGAACCUCUGUCGUUGGCCCAACGACGUUCGGGCGGCAUGAUGUGGAAUCCGAUGCAAAAAUCGCAGAAAGUGGAAAAGAGCAGCAGUUUACCGAAGCAUCUCUAAAGCCCGACAAAGUGACGGGUUUGCAGCGGACAGCAGACGAACGCAACAAUACGCCACUCUCCGCACGCUUUGUAACUGAUGCAGACCGCCGCCUGUACUGGUCAGAUGAUGAGGACAUUUGGAGCGCAACGGAGGAACGCGCAACGCGCCAGUACACCGCUCCCCCCAGUGUGCAGAGAGACAACAAGUCCGCGCAAAUAAAAGAUGCACAAGACAACUCGUCGCUGAUGUAUACGAAUCUCAGCGGUCCCACGCUUCGAAACCGUUUCGACCCGUCGCAGUCCAUACCAGCGUCGUCCGUGCAGCUGCAGCAUUCUUCUUGCAAGCCGGCUUCAUGCCAGGUACAAUUACCUCCACUGCUGCACGUGCCGCCGCACACACAGCAUCCUGUGAGUGCGGCGAGCCCGGAGACGCAGGAGCAGCAACAGAGGAUCGACGCUUCUGCCUUUCACACGUUGCCGCACACGACAAUCGAAAGUACGAGAGGGCGUCAAGCGCAGCCGCGGAACGAGCCGUCUGCUUCCUCUUCUUCGUCCUCAGUCGUUCCGCCACUUGCACUCUCGGCCGCGGUGGCGCAAACAGCUUUGACGAGAUACGGGCAAGUGGAUUUUGUCCGGCGCUUUCGGUCGCCGUCCAGCGAGGACUCGGACACAAGCGACGGUGACACGAACACUCCCGCCGCCUCUUCCGCGCGGGGCGGUCUACGCUCCCCGCGACGGAGGAUUCAAGGGCACCGUGUAGCUCCAAAAAGUCCGGUUGACCGGGGACGGUUUGCAUCCCACAGUAAUAGUCAACUCACCACGACAUGCGGGUCAACAUCCCCCGCGACCCCGUCUUCCCGCGUGGCCAACUGGCCGCACGGGCCGUCUUUGAGCAACCUACCACUGCUGUCGCUUAGGUCCUCUGACGACGGGGGAGUGCAGCAGGAACACCAGCAAGAACUAUCUGAAGGUGGAACGUCAAGUUGCGCGCCGUCCCCUUGCGCUUCGCCGAAGUCGACGAAGCAAGGCCCGGCGCCAAUCGCCGGAGCACGGCGACCCGCGACGGUUCGCGCAGGGGGAUUAGGAUUUCUCGCAGGCGAAGUUAGAAGAAAUAAACUGCCAUGGGACGACGUCGAGGAGGAGGACACCAACGUCCCUGCGGAGCACCUACAGCCGUCUUGCUCGGUCGGCGCAACCGUUAUUGGCAACAGCCGAAUUGCCGCAGCGUCAGAAGCGAAAUCCUGUGAAGAACACAGGGGAGCAGGAAAAAGGUUGUAUCCUCCUGAAGAACUCACGGAUCAUCACGCGGCGCAGAUGGGUCGAUCUGCCCUUCAGGAACCCACACCCGACGGACUGGCGCUAGAGUCGUUAGCAGGGACUGAGAUAAGGAACCAGUGCCAGCGGUUCGGCUGCAGAGAGUGCUGCUACGUGUUCGUAAUCCGGGCCCUCCUUAACUGCCUCCCCACCAGAAGCGCACACAGUUGGUCCGUUGCACCGGAGGAGACGGCUGGUCAGGAAACUUGUGCUGGUGGAAAUAACACGGCUGUGUCCGCUUUUUCAGGUAAUCACUAAGAAUAUGUCGUGAGCCGAAAUGUUGGGGUGAGGUGUCAGCAUUUGAUGGUAGCGGUCAUUUCAUUCAUCAGUCUCUGCCCGAUUCAUUUACUAGCGUAUCCGAUCCUUAAAGUUCUGUUGCCAGAUGUUGUCCUCUCUGAUCCAUGUCAGCAUGAACCGCUUUCUGUAACUUCACAUCAGAUCGUCCAACAUCUACUGCGUCAGUCAGCACCGUGCAGCAAUUGUCAAUGGAUCCGGUGCAGCCGCCUCUCCACUCCGGACCAAGUCCCUGCAGCAAUGCGGGUUCCGGGCCGCGUGCGUCCUGGAAGCUGCGGAGCGACAGCGCUGCGGAGGAGGCGCUGAUGCACGCCAUCAACGCGAUAGUACUCACCGGGGAAGUGGACCCGUCGGAGCGGCGUUCAGCGAUUGAGGGAGUAGUUGUAGAGAAACCGCACACUGGCGAACUUUCCACGCACAGCGCAGCGCCGCGACAAAGUCCCCGUGCGUGCCUGGAUGCAUUUUGGCGGAAUGCCUCCCCGAGCAGCUCCGUCGCUGCGAAUCAAGGUUGGGACGAACAAGCCUCCGUGAGCAACGCAAGGUCGUCAUCGGGGGAAAUAUGACAGUGCACAACUCCCCCUCCCACUCAUUUGUCAUGCAAAAUGGCAAGUACACCCUUUGCCUCUUGGCACUGUUUGCAUGACAAGCUCUCGUAGCCCAAAUAGCACUACAAUCCAGUGUAGAUUUGUCAUGCAAAACCGGCAUUCUUGCUGAUGCUUGUAUUGCCGUUCAUGCUAUACAAAUGAGGGGGAGGGGGAGUUGUGCACUCUCAUAGGAAAGCAGUCGAGUCAUCGACCGACCAGAACUCCACCGCAUCCGCGCCAUGGUGUGGGGGGAGGGUGUGGAGCGGUACAAGUACGCUCCAGACCAAGCUGUGGAUGUGCUCGAAGUGGACUCCAGUAACAUGCCAAGAGCAGCGCCGGAGCAGACGAGUCGAGGAAGCGGGGCGGAGGCCGGCGAAGAAGGCGAGCGCCUGUCUGCGGAAACUUCGCGGAGCCGCGACAGCAGCGAGCUCACGUCGCGCUGCAGUAACGUUGCGGUUUUGAAUUCGGGUGCUCGCGACAAUGCUGGCCUGCUGCAUCUGCGUCCCGAGGAUAGGCGAUUUUUACCCCGAUACGUCUUGCGGCCGGAGAGUAGGGAGUCACCGGACCACUCUCCGGGAAAUCGACCGGUACCUGCGCAGGACGAAGCGCUGGAGGGCGGGUCGAUGCAAGGUCGGAAUGGCAUGAUCUGUAACGUCGACCCUGCCGGUGGUCAGCAAAGCGUGCAAGCCAAAACCGCAGCAGGCUACCCCGUAGCCCGCCCUUUCUCCCGCUGCCCGUCUUCCGUGGGGGCCACAAUCGGGCACCACCACUUCCUCGAGCGACACGACGACGCGCAUUCUUCGGUAGAUGAUACGACGCUCGGGGUGCUAGGACUCGGGAUGGCUAGCCCCGCUCCCUCAGGAACGCAUGUACAGCUAGUCAGGGACGAGCACCACGCGGCGGGCCAGGCGGAUGAUGCGCUCGCCUGGCCGACGUUUCUCCACGAGGUUGGGAAUGCGACGCGGCGUGGUUCUAAUCCUCCUGCGUUAUACGACAUGUACAACAGAAGUGACCAGUUGUCAAGCAGGAGCGACUACGCGUUUCGCACGUCCAACUCCGACGCGACCAGGCACCGAGAGGACCCCCUGACGUCGUACCACAGUUCCGAAGUGUCCUGGCAAGCCGGUUCGCAACGGGCUACCCGCGGGAGCGACGCGACCCCCAGGCUCUUCUCGGAGCCGUCGCUGCGCUCCAUUGACAACUCUUGGACUUCUUCUUACAUUCCCGAGGACGACGACGACCUGUCCGGUAACGCUUCUCAGUGGCAACGCCCUGUUACGGCCUAAUUCGAUAGACAGUAGGAAACUACUUGAAUUGACAAUCAGCCUACCGACGCAUGUUCGGGGCUGGAGCGUCGUUCUUUACUUACACACAGUAGCGCGAUGUACUCACAGCGUGUUCAUUCGUACAUCGAGUCGUGAAAUUUUAAUUCGCUUUCGGAACUUUUCCUAUCCACAGAAAAGCUUCUAUCCUCGUCUCUGAAUCGAGGAGGCGCAUUCUUGUUUUUUGUCCACUUCUUCGACGAAUGGAAACUCGAAAUCUGAUCAUAUUUUUUUCAUUUAGCGAAGGCGCCUCCUUGCUUGCACCUGUAAGCCCUUAACGCCAUCGGGAAAUAAAUAUGUCGCCCCCAUGCGUAUGUGGGACUCUAAUAAAGCAGGUUCGUUGAUAUAUUGCAACGGGAAAAAUAAAACCCGUUUGUGCAGCAGGACGGGUAGACCACUACUUCCAGUGCAAAAAAAAGUUAUCGUACAUAUAAGGCCGUACCAACAAAUACAAAAAAAAAGUAUUUCACCGAUUACUACAGAGAGCAAAAGCGUAAACCUUGAUGUCCCCGUCCUUGGGUACACAUCAAAAGGAGAUUAGUUGAACUAUGAAUUUUUACGAAGACUCCAGUACAGUCGAAUUUCCUCCUGUUUCAUGCUCACUUGGUUUCGUCUCCUCUUGCUUAGUGGUCAUUGCAGCGGUGCAGCACGUAAGAGAGGCCGCUAAGGCUACAGAGUCAUCUCAGGCGGACAUUUCUUCUUGCAAAUGUGCUUCGUUUUUGAUCAAGGUUAUAUUGGGCUGUUUGUCGCACCGAAAUUACAAUUACCAGAUCAUAAUCAGAACUGUCUUCUUCAUAAACAACAAAUUGCCUUGC